AACAAUGGACCUGAUCCCAAUAGGCCGGUGAUAACUAUCCGAUGGACACUAAAAACCGUUUUCCACCGCAGCGGAGGCUUCUUCAGCACCUGAAAACACACCUAAUUCAACCUGGAACAGAUAGCUAAAGAAGAUUCGGAGACGCGUGUACUUCCAGCGAGCGGGAGGAUUAAUCGCUAUGAGCUCGAACUCGAAAAGAACCAGGAACUUCGGAGUUCCGUUGAACUCCCUGAAAUGCAGUAUCGAGACUUGCAAAACGAAACCCAUGAACGGGAAACAUAUAUACCCGAUACCGAGAGGCCCGACUCGUUGCUUGUGGAUAGAUAUGAUUCGACGGCACAAUAGAGAUCCCGACCUAGCUCUAACUUAUUACAUUUGUUCGGACCAUUUCUCUGACGAUCAGAAAUUGCCGAACGGGCAUCUGAAAGGAAAUUCGGUCCCCAAUAUAUUCCCAUCGAGUCUAACGAACACCAAGUCUAGCCCAAUCGAAUGCCAGUUCUGCGAUGAGAUUUUCAAGAGCCGUAGAGAGCUGCUGGCGCACGAUAGUGAGAAACAUUUAGAGCAGUACAGUGCGAUGAAAAUCGAGCUCCAAGGAGCUGCGCCGGAAGCGCGAAGGGAAACUCCUCAAUGCAAAAAAUGUCGCAAGUUUGCGCGGAUCAAUACGAGCCUGCAGAAAACGCGGAGGGGCAUCAAGGAUGCGCUUCAAACCCUCGAGGCGUUGCGGGAGGAUUUGCGAGAGCCAAUUAGGCUCGAGGUGAAUGUCCCCAGCGCGAUAUCUUCUUGAGUCACAAUUUUUGAUAUUUGAUUCAUUGAUGCCUCGGGGUCCUCCCGGAAGGGACUCUCCUCUUUUUUCUGAAGAGACGGGCGGGAAGGACGAUACUUCUAAUGCCAGUGUGGCAUCCGCUGCCUUGUAUGUUUGUACAGAGAUAUGUAUUCUUGAGUCACGACGAGAUGUCAAGAUGUAGGUAGUAUCGAUAUACGCUCAACAUUCACGCAUAUGUGAGUCGACCAUGAUGAUCACCGCACCUUUUUGCAGACUUAUUUGUCUGAAAUAAACUAAAAUU